AUGGAUGCACCAUCGAACUUUCCCGCCAUCACAUUUUGUAAUCAUCAACCAUUUUCUAGUCGUGCUUAUGAAUUAUGGCGUAGUGGGGAGAUAAUUUCACCAACACAAUUUAGUAAACUACUUAAAAAUGCCGCUGAUUACUACUUGAAUGCAAGUCAAUCGAAAAAUCAAAGUUUUCCACAAGAAGCAGGAUUUUUCGCCUUUGAAUUUGAUACAGUUAAAAUGUAUUAUCAAAAUUUAGACUGGCAAAAAUCGAAAUUACUGGGUCAUGAAAGAAAUCAAAGCAUAUAUAUGUGUUUAUUUCGAUAUUCUGGUGGAAAUCUGGUGAUCGGUGGACCUGGUUGUCAUGACGACAUGAUUAUCAUUCGUGAACGUUCUCAUCCACACCAUUUUAAUUGUCAUACAGUUGAAGUUAGUCAAGCGUAUAGUCAAGAAGUACAAGAAUUAGGCUUGAUUAUAUGGUUAGGACCAAAUGAAAAUUAUAAUGUUCAAUAUAGACAAGCCUUUUUAAUGGAUUUAUUUGAACAAGCCUAUGGAUUACGUGUCGCUAUACAUGAACCUGGUCAGUUGGCGAAUUUAGACAGUCAAGGUAUACAAAUUGAACCGGGUCGAAUGAAUGAGUUGAAUUUUGAUGCAGUAAAAACUAUUCAUCAAGAAACCCCAAGGAAACCGUGUAUUCAUCAACCGAAACAAAUGUAUACUGAUCUUGAACAAGAGUAUAAUUAUGAAUUCGAGUUGUGUUUGAAUACGCAUUUACAAAAUUUACUUAUUACACAAUGUACAUGCCUCUAUGCGUAUUUACCACGUGUUAAACUACCGAAUAUAAGCCUACCAUAUUGUGGACAUUUAAUUACAACGAAUAAUCAAAGCUUAGACACGACAGGUAUCCUUACACGUAAAGAAUGCGUCCGUAAUAUCUUGAGUAAAUCAGCAAUAUUGAAAAAGUCUUUUGAAGAUAAUGGUCUCUGUUUAAGACGAUGUGAACUGGUCGACUAUGAAAGUACUGCAUCAGUGACGACAUGGAGAUCAACUCGAUGGCAGUUGCAUUGGAGUCAAGAGACAUCAGCUGCCCUAGAGGUGUUGUUCUCUUUACCUAUGGACGUACAAAAUGUGAAUAAUACCAAUGAUAAAGCAUUGAAAAAUUUACAAGUCUACUUUCGUACAGAUAAUCUUUCCUUGAUAACAUCAAAUUUUCAUGAGAAAGAUAGUUUAACUGAAGCAUAUGGUUUCAGUGAUCGAUACACCUAUUUACUAGUGAAACGUAAAAGUAAUGAUACUAUCGUGAAAGCGGAAACACUUGUCCUUACCUUGAAUGCAUUAGUUAGUCGGAUUGGGGGGCUGUGUUCACUGUAUAUCGGAAUGACAUUUGCUGUGUUUAUUGAAUUCAUUGAAUUCUUUUACAUAUUCUUAUUACGUAAUGGAUUGUUGACAGUCUCAAAUAAAAAUAAUAAUGAUAAAAACAAAAAUGAUAAGCAAAAGAAUAUGGACGAUAACGAUAUUGAGAAUAAACUUGAUCAGAAUUGUCAACUAGACAAAAAUAACUUAUCUUCACCAUCUUCAUCACCGUCAACACUUCAUUUAAAUAAUAAAAAAUCAGUGAAUCAAUUUCUUACAUUAACUAAAAGUAAUAAUAACAGUGAUUUUAUUGAUUAUCAAUCCAAUCCACAAUUUGAAUUUCCCUCUUCUGAAUGUACACAGUUAAUUGAAACAACAGACGCUAAAAGCGUUAAAAAUCAAAACAAUAAUAAUAAUGACAAUAAGGUUAAUGACUCACCUUUAAUUUUAAAAAAUAAUUUUAAUGAAUCAGUUGAUUCGUUUCAGCCAUUGAAACCAGUGAACAAUAGAAGCUUAAAUGACUUGAAUAAACAAAAAGUGAAGAAGUGUUCAAUAUAA